AUGUGUGAGAAGACUCAGAAAGGCAUUAUGCUUCUUGCUGAGGAGAUCCAGUUCAUCUCUAAAGUCAGAGUAGAGAACAAGCUCCAAGCUCUAGACAUUCAAUUCAGCGAACUAGACGUCGCCAAGGAUAACCUGACACAGCAACUUGAACACCAGAGCAAGACUUUGGCAAGCCAGGCAGCCCACGAUGAGAUAUGGACAGCAGUUCUGGCCCUCGGGUUCACCUCAAUGGAACUGAAUAUUUUAUAUAGCUAUGUCAUUGAAGUCCUUAUCUGCUUGCACACUCGAGUGCUUCAGAAGCUUCCAGACCUGGUGAGAAGUCUUCCAACCUUAGCCUCCGUCCUUAGACGACAAGUCAAGAACAAGCACGUUAGAACUGUGUGGGAGUCUGUCCUGGAGGAAUAUGGGUUGCAAGAGAGAGAUGUCACAGCACUCUGUAUCUUCUUCAUUGCACACGGCAACAAAGCAGAACACUAUGCUGCUAAUGUAAGACGGAUGUACAUCAAAGAUGUCACCUUCAUGAUCACCAACAUGGUGAAGAACCAGGCUCUGCAGGAUGGUUUGCUGCGAGCUGUUCAGGUCAUCGAGAAGGGGAAAGCAGUGAGGAGCCCUGGAAACCAAAAGGCAUCCCUAAAAGAGUUGAUACCACCAAUCAGAGACUAACCUGUUACCCAAUAACUCAGCAAUCCCACCUUCAGUCAUUUGAAUUGCACAACAAAAAUGAAUAAUCUAAUUACUGUAGGCUUAUUUUAUAGCAAGAGCGGAAGGAGCAUUAAAGAAAUUAUGACAAAUUGACACAAUAUUUUUUGUGUGUAGCCAUGUUAAAAAAUAGGUAAACUGUUUAUAAUGAAAUAGU